AUGAAGUUCUUUUUGCUUAUGGUUGUUGUCUCCACCACGCUUGCUACUGCUUCUGUCCGCUUUGACAGGGAGAAGGUAUUCCGUGUGAAGCCCCAGGAUGAAAAGCAAGCAAGUGUCUUAAAGGACUUGACCGAAACCAUUGAGCUUGAUUUCUGGUAUCCAGAUGCUAUCCAUGAUGUUGCUGCUAAUAUGACAGUGGAUUUCCGAGUUAGUGAGAAGGAAUCUCAAACUAUCCAGUCUACCUUGGAACAACACAAAAUGAACUAUGAAAUUCUGAUACAUGAUCUACAAGAAGAGAUAGAGAAACAGUUUGAUGUGAAAGAUGAAGUCUCAGGCAGGCAUAGUUAUGCAAAGUACAACGACUGGGACAAGAUUGUUUCUUGGACUGAAAAAAUGGUAGAGAAACAUCCUGAAAUGGUCUCAAGAAUUAAAAUCGGAUCAACUGUUGAAGAUAACCCAUUAUAUGUUCUCAAGAUUGGGAAAAAAGAUGGAACAAGAAAGGCUAUCUUCAUGGACUGUGGCAUUCAUGCACGAGAAUGGGUCUCCCCAGCUUUCUGUCAGUGGUUUGUCUAUCAGGCAACUAAGAGUUAUGGAAAAAAUAGAAUCAUGACCAAACUCUUGGACCGGAUGACCUUUUAUAUUCUGCCUAUAUUCAAUGUAGAUGGAUAUAUUUGGUCAUGGACACAGAACCGAAUGUGGAGAAAAAACCGUUCCAAGAACCAGAAUUCCACUUGCAUUGGCACUGACCUCAACAGGAACUUCGAUGUCUCAUGGGACUCUUCUCCAAACACCAAAAACCCAUGCCAGGAUGUCUACAGGGGCCCUGCACCAGAGUCUGAGAAAGAGACAAAAGCUGUCACCAACUUCAUUCGAAGCCAUCUGAACUCAAUCAAGGCUUAUAUCACCUUCCAUUCCUACUCCCAAAUGCUAUUAUUUCCUUAUGGCUAUACAUCCAAACUGCCACCCAACCACAAUGACCUGUUCAAGGUUGCAAGGAUUGCCACUGAUGUUCUUUCAACUAGAUAUGAAACCCGUUACAUCUACGGUCCAAUAGCAUCAACAAUUUACCCGACAUCAGGUUCUUCUUUAGACUGGGCUUAUGACCUGGGCAUCAAACACACAUUUGCCUUUGAGCUCCGUGAUAAAGGCAAAUUUGGUUUCCUUCUUCCAGAAUCACGGAUAAAACCAACUUGUAAAGAAACCAUGCUUUCUGUCAAAUUUAUUGCUAAGUAUAUCCUCAAGCAUACUUCCUAA